UGUGCCUCCAAAUAAACUAGAUCUUGUUUUUUUUUGUUGUGACAUACUGAAGAUGUGAAAAAAGAACAUUAGAAACACUGUCUUAAAAUGCCAAGUUGUUGACUUCUUCACCUUUUUAAUGGACAACUUCUUUUCCAUGUUUUCAACAGCAGCUGAAAAGAGGGGUUGUGAGCCUUACAAUUCGCACCCGUCUACGCAGUCCCAGCCUAACUCCAUUUGCGACCCCAACCCUACCCAGUCGCUCCAGCUCAUCCAACUCUUAUACUGAUGAGGGCACACCUGUCCCAUUAGGUGUGGAAGAUGUUGAAGGCCACAAGGGUCCUGGUCUAGGUCCAAAAGACUGCAUCGUCAUGGAGGUUACUCUUAAUAAAGAACAUGGAGUUGGUCUGGGGAUUGGAGUCUGUUAUCUGAUGCUGGAGAACUUUGUUCCUGGUAUCUACAUCUACAGUUUAGCUCUUGGGUCCAUUGCCAAGAUUGAUGGAAGGCUCAGUCGUGGAGAUCAGAUUCUGGAGGUGGACUCUGUCAGUCUUCGUCAUGCUGCGCUUAGUGAGGCUUAUGCUAUUCUCAGUGAAUGUGGACCUGGUCCAGUCAGUCUCAUUAUAAGCAGACAUCCAGACUCCAAGGUAUCAGAGCAAGAAAUGGAUCAAAUUAUUGCUCAGUCAACCAAUAAGGACAAUGUGUUCAGAAACAGACCCUCCUUUCAUUGCCAAGUUCAGUCUUGUAAGAGCCAUCAGGCAGAUGUAAAGUCCAAUGAAGGGGACAGCGCCUCCGCUCUCAGCUGGACCAUGAAGAAGUUCCUUGAGCCUGUCAGCAGAGUAAGUGUUGAUUCAGUAUUUCAGUUCUGCUCCUUGAGCCUCACAUUUGAAACACUGCUUUUAGUUGAAUCAAUAACUAAAGAUUGAUUCAACUAAAGACAACUGUGAGCACAUCACAGUUUAUGCUGUGCUCUGUAAUCUUUCUUAAACGCCUGCGUGUUUUACUCACAAUUAAAUCCUCAUGACCUCUUAAUGGACAUGUGGUGUUAAACCAUAAUGUUUUGCAUGGCAGCUACUUUUUGAUGUAUAUCA